UAUGCGAGUUGUUCAGAGUUCUGUGUAGGUUCUAUGAACAAAUAAACGGCCCACACACUCAUUAUAAAGAUGAUUAAAUUAUGUUUUUAGUAUCUCUAAAACAACCAUUAUUCAUUCUUCACGGAGACUCGAGUCACCAACGUAUGGAUGCUUCGUUUGGUCCACGGACUACUUUGUUCGGCGCAUGAUUUGGCCGUACGAAAGCCGAGGCAUUUUUGGCAAUAUUUUUCAUCUAAGACCUAGGCGCACGACAACCGAGGUUCCACUGUCCUCUCUCAGGCCAUACUGUGCAUGUAGCAUGCUAGCAACCUGCAAGGAUAUGACGCUGGGCGACAGUGAAGAUGGAAAAGGGAUACCCGGAGCAUGAGCCAGCACCAUCCUACACUGGCCCACCCAUGAACCCCAGCAGUUUAGCGCCCCAGCCUGGGUUGUACCCGCCGCCUCAUGCAGGAGCCCCAUAUGUCGCAUACCAAGGAGGUUCAGCUGCCACAGUGACUCACGUGGUGGUAAAUGCUAAGCUGCAGGAUGCCCCCGGACAAGAACGGUGCCCCCGCUGCCAGCAGAUGGUGCUCACCCAGGUGGAACGCAAAGCCGGCCUGAUGACCUGGCUCAUCUGCGGAGGCAUGGCCUUCAUCGGGUGUUGUCUCUGCUGCUGGGUACCAUUUGUUGUGGACUCCUGCAAGGAUGUGCAGCAUAACUGUCCAAACUGCAACAACGUCAUCUACCUGUACAAGCGACUAUAAAACAGUCACAUGGGGAAUGUUCAUUACGUAAAAGAAAAGUUUGUCAUGUUUGGAUGUGGCACUGCAGAAAAUCAGUCAGUGGGAGUAAGUAAGUGAUGGAAAUGUGUGAUUUUUAUUUGUAUUGUCUCUCAGGAUUCUAGCAAUGCAAAUACAACACGUCUGCAAACAUUACUUGCAAAUAUUUUAUCCCCACGUAUUCCGCUCGUUAUGCUGCAUGUUGACAGCAAUUGCAGAGGUGUCCAAAAUGUUAACAUUUACACAUUCUAGGAAUAAAAAAUAUAAUUUAACAAGAAAACUUGAAACAUUUUACAAAAUAAAGUCAAAAUAUUAACAGAAAGGUUUAUGAGAAUAAUGUCAUAAAUAAAAAAUGGUCAUUUUAGUAGCAUAUAGUGGAAGUAUUAGGAAAAAGACUUGAUUUUUGAAAAAUUAGGUUGGGGAAAAACAUAAUUAGUGACAAGAAUAAAGUCAGUACACUAAGUCCCCAACUUACGAACACAAUUGGUUCCAGACGACCGUUCUUAAGUUGAAUUGUUCUUAAGUAGGGUAAAAGGUAAUAUUACCAAU